AUGUGCAUCAACAACAAAACAACACGAAAGCCCUCAAUCUUAAUCCUGCUGCAGCUGUUGCUGUUGGCCAGCUUAGGUGUUUGCCAGGGCGAUGUACUGAAAUCCGGAGGCGGUGCCAUUGAGCUGCCAACGUUUGGCCCAUUGCUAAAUGUAGACAAUGCUGAUGGAAGCGAUGGCAACUCGGAUUUUGAGCAGCUCAUCGAGUCGAAACUUAACGAAUCGGCCAGGAGCCAAACAAUGCAGGCACAGGAGCUGCUCUCGAGGAAGCGACGCUAUUUGGUAUUUCCGGAGGGCAGUUCCUUUCAGAUGGUUUUCGAUGAAGUCAUCUGCGUUGUUGACUACACCAACUAUCUGGUGCUGGGGAUUACCGUUGCCCUGGCCUGGGAAUUGCCCAGCAAGCCGCCCAGUGAAGCGCUUGAGGAUCUAUUGAACAAGCUGGAAGAUGGCACAAUAGAUGUUAGUCGCAACGACACUGUAUCCAACAUAACCUACGUGGAUGAUGCCCAAAAUCCAACUAACAACAAAACCAACAACGACAGCUACAAGCCCAACUACAUUAACUUGUCAAAUGGAGCAGGCGGAAGCAGCAUUUAUAAUUCUUACUAUAGCAGCUCACCAGUGUUUCGCACACCGAUGCAUCCAACCUAUCAAUAUGCGGACAGCUACUACCGACGCCCCAGCGUUCCAGCCAGACGCAAGGAUAGUCACUAUUACUACAGCAGUCCACUGAACAGCGUACGCAAUCCCUUCCAGAAGUAUUUGCAGCGCCAUAAUCAGGCCCAGAACCCUCGCUAUCCCUACUGGGCCUUGAGUUCGCAGUAACGAAAUAACUUCUAUAGUUCACCCAACAAUCUUCGCCAGCCAAAUGGCUCUUAUGCACAGCCUAAUGAGCAGCAGAAGAGCCCGUACAAAGCAAAGUCGAAGCCACCGCGUCAUCAUAAAAUAUAUCCGGUAUUUGGCAAACGAAGCUUACCAGAUGCAGCCAAUCCGCAUCAUCGUCACAGACGUAGUGGCGUUGGCAAUGUACCCGAUGCUGACUUAACCCGAAUGGAGAACAUUCAGAUCAAAUAUCAUCGGAACAGUCGGCAAACGUUGUAUGAAAGAAUUGAAAAGUAUCUGGAUAAACGCGGUCACAAUGGACAUCAGUGCGUGCUGCGUACUCUAUGUGAAACUGGGCAGAAAUCCAAUGAGCAUGAGCCCGGUAGCUUCGCUGGCGAACUGCUUCGUGCGGUAUUUACCAUACCAGAGGCGUUGGAUCAUGAGCCCGUAGCCUAUCGAGAUAGUCGUUACGACAAAGCUCAUGCCCAUAAAGGUGACUGCGCUGCUCUCUAUCCCGAGUGCAAGCUAUCUAUCUGGGAUGCACCAUUUAUACAAUAA